CUCGGGGCUGGCUCGGGAGUAGUGCCGCCGCCGGAGAAGCCGCUGCCGCUGCUGCUGCCGCCGCCACUAUCCAGACAUGGCCAUGGCGUCCCCGGCCAUCGGACAGCGCCCGUACCCUCUACUUUUGGACCCCGAACCGCCGCGCUAUCUGCAGAGCCUGGGCAGUCCUGAACCGCCGCCCCACGGCCGAUCCUCGCGCCGCUGCGUCCCCGCGUCCGUCUCCACUGCGCCCGGGGCGCUCGAGGGGCGCGGCGCCCGGAGGGUUGCCUGGGGGGACGUCGAGCCCCAAGCCCGGGCCUCCCGACCUCCUCGCCCUCUCCGGCCUGGUCGGCAGCAGAGACUGCGGCGGCGGCCUGGGGCGCCCAGACCCCGCGACGUGCGGAGCAUCUUCCAGCAGCCGCAGGAUCCCCGCGUCCCGGCAGAGAGAGGCGAGGGUCACUGCUUCGCCGAAUUAGCGCUGCGGGGCGGCCCCGGCUGGUGUGACCUGUGCGGACGAGAGGUGCUGCGGCAGGCACUGUGCUGCGCUAACUGUAAGUUCACCUGCCACCCAGAGUGCCGCAGCCUGAUCCAGCUGGACUGCAGUCAGCAGGAAGGCCCAGCCCGGGACAGACCCUCUCCGGAGAGCACCCUCACCCCCUUCUUCCGCCAGAAUGUCUGUAAACCUGCGGAGGAGCCCCGGCAGCCGCCCACACUGCAGGAGAUCAAGCAGAAGAUCCACAGCUACAAUAGCCGGGAAAAGAACUGCCUGGGCAUGAAGCUGAGCGAGGAUGGCACCUACACAGGUUUCAUCAAAGUGCAUUUGAAAUUGCGGCGGCCGGUGACCGUGCCGGCUGGGAUCCGGCCCCAGUCCAUCUAUGACGCCAUCAAGGAAGUGAACUUGGCGGCCACCACGGACAAGCGGACGUCCUUCUACCUGCCACUCGAUGCCAUCAAGCAGCUGCACAUCAGCAGCACCACCACGGUCAGCGAGGUCAUCCAGGGGCUGCUCAAGAAGUUCAUGGUCGUAGACAAUCCCCAGAAGUUUGCACUUUUUAAGCGGAUACACAAGGAUGGGCAAGUGCUCUUCCAGAAACUCUCCGUGGCCGAUUGCCCCCUCUACCUGCGCUUACUUGCUGGCCCUGACACUGAUGUCCUCAGCUUUGUGCUGAAAGAGAAUGAAACCGGAGAGGUGGAGUGGGAUGCCUUCUCCAUCCCGGAGCUCCAGAACUUCCUGACGAUACUGGAAAAAGAGGAGCAGGACAAAAUCCAGCAAGUGCAGAAGAAGUAUGACAAGUUUAGGCAGAAACUGGAGGAGGCCUUAAGAGAAUCCCAGGGCAAACCUGGGUAACCAGUCCUGCUCCCUCUCUUCCCCACACCCUUGGGUUUAUUUUUAUUAUUAAUUAUUAUUUGCAAUGGACAUUUUUUCUCAGGGCGCCUCUGGUGGGUGCGUGCGCUUGCCCUGCGGCCGCAGAUGUGGCACAAAACCCCUUGGGUGGACAGCUUGCUGUGUGGGGGACCUUCCACCCCUCUGAGCCCCCUCCAGACUCCGCCAAGGGAUCAGUGCUUCUGAAAAAGAACAACUGUUGUCCUCUCUCAACCUGCAAGCCUUUCACAAACCAAAGACUUGCCUCUCUCAUCACCAAACUGGAAGCUGCCACACUAGCCGGCAAAGGAAAGACAGAGGCUUUCCAGUCAUGUGUUCCUUCUCGGGCUUUUACUCUUUCUUCAGCGACUCUUACUUGCCACCUGCGGUAACCUUUAUUUAUGAGUCCAAAGUAGCAUAUUCCUUUUGCAUGUCUGAGCUGAGCGCUGAAAGAGGAGAAUGCUUCUAAAAGGAUGGUUCCCCACUGCCCCAGGUGCCCGUUGUCCAUGCUUAAGGGAAGGUCGUGAAGCCACUGGCCCCAGGUAUUCAGGGCAAGGACCACCAAAGCUGAGGUUGGCUCAGAGUUUUCCAGAGAAGCUGCAGCCAGAGCCUGUGCCCAAUAACCCCAAAGGCCUGUGUCUGCACAGGUUUUGUACCUGUUCACAUCUCUGUCAACAACCUGUUUAAGUUACAAAUUUAAUACUGCCAUCAUCCUCGUGUUUUCCACCAUUUUUAAAGUCUCCUGCUGAGUAAGGAAAUCAGGCAGUUGGAGAAAGCCAAAACCUUGUCAGAGCUUGCAUCAGCCUCCCCCAGGUAGAGAGCAGAGGAGGACCUGCGAGCCAUGGUCCCCCUGUGGCCUCCAGCACCGCCUCCCUCCUCCCACAGGGGUGCUGGGUGCUUGGGUGCCGCCAGAGGAGCUGCCUUGAUUAAAGAAAGGGGACCUCCAACGCGGCCACUGCGUAGCCCUUUCUGUUCCAAAGCCCGGGCCGGUCCACAGCACUGUAUUCGGCCCAGUCUGAGAAAGGAAAGAGCCUGUGGGCCUGGCCUCCGCUUUGACCUCAGUGCCUUUUUUGUUUUCUGAGAGAGACAGGAGCAGGGCGUGUUGGCUUAAUGCUCUGCUGCUGGCCUGCUCCUGCCAGGAAGUGGACAGCCAGCAGGUGGGAGCAAGGCCAGGAGGGUCCUCACCCCGAGGGUGGGCCGAGGCGCACAGACCUUCCCAUCCGAGCUCCUGGGCUGUGACCCCACGUCAGACCAUGUUGACGGGCACCUCAGGUUCCUGACUGUGCAGUUGUAGUGGCUUCUUGCUUAGGUUCAAACUUAAAAAUAAAUGAGCCAAACCACUCAAGCAAGUAGCCGAGACUGCAGAGACACUCCAAAGCAGAGAAGGGGUUUUCCUUUUCAAAGUGGGGCUGGUUUUCCAGCCCAGCCUCUGAGAGACCAUGUCUUUGCUGUCCUCUGCCUUCAAGUCCCUCUCGGGUUGGCUCCAGCCGCAGCUUCCUUGUUGAGCCUCAAACGUUCCCUCCCUGAGGCCACAUGGACCCUGAUCACAGAAAAAAUGCUGACCCUUGUCAUAUGGACAGUGUGCAGUCUUCAGAGCUGCGAAAGCAAGACAAACUAGCAGCUCUAAAAAAGAUCUUUAGAUCACAGAAGGCCUGGUUAUCGCCAUCUGCUGCUCAGCCUUACCACGUCCCUUCCUUCCAGAACUCCCUCUCCCCGCUGUGUCCUGAAGGAAGUGGGCAGUCAUUUCUCCUUCCUCCUGCAUGUCUCUCAACAUUACAGAAGGCAUGGCUCCUGCUGCAAGUGCUGUGAAUGCUGCUGAGAACCUCCCUCUGAAGGGGACGGCUAUUUUAUUUUUGAAAAGGAAAAAGUUAUGUGUGUGUGUAUAUAUAUAUACAUAAAGGUAUAUAGCUAUAUAUAAAGACUUAAGGGUGUUUAUGAAAUGAGAUUAUGGGAAAAGUCAGAUUUUAUCUAAAGCACAGUUAGACCCAGGACUGUACUGAGGUGUAAGCCUCGAAAUAAAAGUUGUGUAUAAAGAACCCUUCCCUCCCAGAGGUGGGCCUCGCUGAGGUAGUGCCUUCAACUCGUGUUGCUCAGUGUGUGUUUGUUUUGAGGAUACUUUCUAAGUGUCUUUCUUAUAUGGAUUUUUAAAAAAAGUAAUAAAAGCUUGUUGCAAAAAUGA